AUGAUGGAUAAUGUUUCUCAAAUAAGAAUGUUUUUUCUUUCAGGUUUAAAUGAAACACACAACCACAGAUUUACUCUCUUCUUUCUCACUUUACUGUGUUACUGUGUGAUUUUGCUGGUAAAUAUUUCUGUUAUUGUGAUCAUCAUCAUGGAUAAAAACCUGCAUGAACCAAUGUAUAUUUUCCUUUGUACUUUUUGCAUGAAUUCACUUUAUGGAACAACAGGUUUCUACCCCAAGUUUCUCUGGGAUCUGCUUUCUCCUGUUCAUGUCAUCUCUUAUUUGGGAUGUCUUGUUCAGGCCCAAGUAAUCAUCUCAUUUGCGUUCAUUGAUCUGUCUAUUCUUUCAGUCAUGGCAUAUGACAGAUAUGUGGCAAUAUGUCGACCAUUAGAGUACCACUGUGUCAUGUCAAAGAAAAAACUCUCUGCUAUAGUCUGUUUCUCUUGGAUGACACCCUUUUGCAUGGUGGGUAUGAAUGUGUUUCUGACAUCUAGAUUAAAGUUAUGCAGCCCAUAUAUCUCUAGAUUAUAUUGUAUGAAUUGGAUGAUUGUUAAACUUGCAUGUUUACCAGCUGAAACUGCUGUUAACAACAUACUUACAUACAUAACAAUAAUCUUUUACUUACUUCAUGGCAUACUCAUAGUUCUAUCUUAUGUGUACCUCAUCAAAACAUGCACAAAAUGUAUUGAAAACAGGGCAAAGUUUAUGAAAACAUGUGUUCCACAUCUAACCUCCUUACUCAUUUUUCUUGUAACUAUACUUUCUGAUGUAAUUAUUAUGCGAUAUGGUUCAAAAGAUUUGCCUCACGCCUUUAAAAACUUUGUUGCAAUAGAAUAUCUUGUCAUACCUCCCUUAAUAAAUCCAUUAAUUUAUGGUUUCAUAUUGAACAAAAUUCGAAACAGAAUAAGGGUUGUCAUGACCUUAAAAACUAAAUAA